CCGUCGUUGUCAUUGGGCCAAUUCUCCCUCACCGGUAGAGGACACGGGCAAGAUGGCGGCGGGGCUGGUGCGAAGUGGACUCUCCGGCUGCGGCCAGCAGGUGUCCCGGCUGCUGAGGAGGCGCUUCCACCGCUCGGCGCCCGCCGCCCUGCAGGUGACGGUCCGAGAUGCCUUGAACCAGGCCAUGGACGAGGAAUUGGAGCGGGACGAGAAGGUCUUUCUGCUGGGAGAAGAAGUGGCUCAGUACGACGGGGCCUACAAGGUCAGCAGAGGCCUGUGGAAGAAGUACGGGGACAAGAGGAUCAUCGACACGCCCAUAUCCGAGAUGGGCUUCGCCGGGAUCGCUGUCGGGGCAGCCAUGGCUGGACUCAGGCCUAUUUGUGAAUUCAUGACCUUCAAUUUCUCUAUGCAAGCAAUUGACCAGGUUAUCAACUCGGCAGCCAAGACUUACUACAUGUCGGGGGGGCUUCAGCCCGUGCCCAUUGUCUUCAGGGGACCUAACGGUGCUUCCGCCGGUGUGGCUGCCCAGCAUUCUCAGUGUUUUGCAGCCUGGUACGGGCACUGUCCUGGAUUAAAAGUGGUCAGUCCUUGGAGUUCAGAGGAUGCAAAAGGACUUACCAAAUCCGCAAUCCGGGAUGAUAAUCCAGUUGUGGUGCUGGAAAACGAACUGAUGUAUGGAGUUCCUUUUGAAUUUCCAGAGGAAGCUCAAUCAAAAGAUUUCCUGAUUCCCAUCGGAAAAGCUAAAAUAGAAAGGGAAGGAACCCACAUUACGCUGGUUUCCCACUCACGACCUGUUGGCCAUUGUUUGGAAGCAGCUGCUAUCCUGUCCAAAGAGGGGGUGGAAUGUGAGGUGAUCAACCUGCGCACCAUUAGACCAAUGGACAUCGAGACCAUCGAGUUCAGUGUCAUGAAGACCAAUCACCUCGUGACUGUUGAAGGAGGGUGGCCCCAGUUUGGGGUGGGGUCUGAGAUCUGCGCGAGGAUCAUGGAAGGUCCUGCAUUUAACUUCCUCGAUGCUCCUGCCGUCCGAGUCACAGGGGCUGAUGUUCCUAUGCCUUAUGCAAAGAUUUUGGAAGAAAAUUGUGUCCCUCAAGUCAAGGAUAUCAUCUUUGCAGCCAAGAAAACACUAAAUAUCUAAUUUGUACUCGUCACUGAAGUCCCUGGGAUCUCUUGAGCAUAAUUACUGCUUCAGAGGUUAGGACGUGCUGUUGAUUCACAUGCAUAAUUGUACUGGUUUGAAGCCACAAGGCUUCCAGAUACCAUUUUGUGUGGGGAAAGUGUCACAGCACUUGGGGUAGAAGCCCUCCUGCCAUCUCAGUCCUGAGACCGUCGCCCUUUUGUGUCUGUUACAGUUUAAUUUUCUUCAAUAGAACGUUUCUAACUCCCUUAGCAGCAGGACGAUGCAUCGGAGGGUGCCGGGCGGAGGGUCUGCCUGACAGUUAACUUCUCUAUACAGAGGGAAAGGGUGAUCUGACUCAUUUGGGUUCUCUUUGAAUAAGGAAUAAAUGCCUUCUGCUUCCAGUCA